CCGGUGCCAGCAGCCGCCAUGGCGUCGCGCAUUGGGCUGCGCAUGCAGCUCAUGCGGGAGCAGGCGCAGCAGGAGGAGCAGCGGGAGCGCAUGCAGCAGCAGGCUGUCAUGCAUUACAUGCAGCAGCAGCAGCAGCAGCAGCAACAGCAGCAGCAACAGCUGGGGGGGCCGCCCACCCCAGCCAUCAACACCCCCGUCCACUUCCAGUCUCCACCACCUGUGCCUGGGGAAGUGCUGAAGGUGCAGUCCUACCUGGAGAACCCCACCUCCUACCACCUGCAGCAGUCCCGGGACCAGAAGGUGCGGGAGUACCUGUCUGAAACCUACGGAAACAAGUUUGCCGCCCACAUCAGCCCAGCCCAGGGCUCCCCAAAGCCUCCGCCUGCUGCCUCCCCGGGGGUGCGGGCCGGACAUGUGGUGUCCUCCUCGGCUGGCAAUAGUGCUCCCAACAGCCCCAUGGCCAUGCUGCACAUUGGCUCCAACCCUGAGAGGGAGUUUGAUGAUGUCAUUGACAACAUUAUGCGUCUGGAUGAUGUCCUGGGCUACAUCAAUCCUGAAAUUCAGAUGCCCAACACGCUGCCCCUGUCCAGUAGCCACCUGAAUGUGUACAGCGGCGACCCCCAGGUCACAGCCUCCCUGGUGGGUGUCACCAGCAGCUCCUGCCCAGCUGACCUGACCCAGAAACGAGAGCUCACAGAUGCUGAGAGUCGGGCCCUGGCCAAGGAGAGGCAGAAGAAAGACAAUCACAAUCUAAUUGAAAGGAGAAGGAGGUUCAACAUCAACGACCGCAUCAAGGAGUUGGGAAUGCUCAUCCCCAAGGCCAACGACCUGGAUGUGCGCUGGAACAAGGGCACCAUCCUCAAGGCCUCAGUCGAUUACAUCCGGAGGAUGCAGAGGGACCUGCAGAAGUCCAGGGAGCUUGAGAACCACUCUCGGCGCCUGGAGAUGACCAACAAGCAGCUCUUGCUCCGCAUCCAGGAGCUGGAGAUGCAAGCUCGAGUGCAUGGCCUCCCGACCACCUCCCCAUCAGGCAUGAACAUGGCUGAGCUGGCCCAGCAGGUGGUGAAGCAGGAGCUGCCCAUUGAGGAGGGCCCGGGGGAGGCCCUGCUGCUGGGGGCUGAGGUCCCUGACCCUGAGCCGCUCCAGGCUCUGCCCCCCCAGGCCCCACCGCCCCCACCGGCCCAGCCGCCCCAGCAGCAGUCCCCAUUCCACCACCUGGACUUCAGCCACAGCUUGAGCUUUGGGGGCAGGGGCGAAGAGGGGCCCCCAGGCUACUCUGAGCCCCUGGGGCCUGAGCAUGGAUCCCCAUUCCCUGGCCUGUCCAAGAAGGAUCUGGACCUCAUGCUCCUGGACGACUCGCUGCUACCACUGGCCUCUGACCCUCUCUUUUCUACCAUGUCACCCGAGGCCUCUAAGGCCAGCAGCCGCAGGAGCAGCUUCAGCAUGGAGGAGGGCGAUGUGCUGUGACCCUGGCUGCCCCCGUGCUGGGGAACAGGGGCAAGCCUGGGGGCUGGGAGGGCCAGGGCCAACUCCCUCCCUCCCUUCAGGCUGCACUUGUGUGUGAAGUAGCCACCUGCCCUGCCUCACUCCCCCUUGGCCCCCUGUUUGGACUUAGUGCCCACCUGGCAGCCUGUGGGGUCAGGAGAAGCCCCCCCAUCCGACUCAGUGCCCUUCACAGGCAGACCUCUGGGAGGCGCUGGGCAGGGAUAGGCUUUCAGCCCAGUUCCUGGAGGCAAAAUCAAGAGGGGAAGGGAGGAGACAGGAUGUGCUAGAGGUAAGAGGAGGUCCUGGGGGGUCCUGUCAUCUGAGCCUGACACCCCCCUCCCCUAACCAAUGAAGGAGGAUGCGUUGGAGCAGGGGGUUCAGGAAGCUUCUUUUUUGAGGCAGCGACUGGUCUGGAGGUGCCCAGGCCUGCCUUUCUGGGACUCAGAUUGCAAUAAGCCUGUCCCCAGCCUGGUAUUCUUCCCUCACACAGGUGGGGCAUCCCACCCCCCUUUGGUGCUAACAGCUCUCUACCAGGUGGUGUGAGGGCGGGGGUGGCCGGUGAGAGGGAGGGGCUGGGCUCGGGUUAG